AUGGCGCUUUCCAAGCUCCGCGAAUACUUCAAGGUGGAGUACCGGCCGGGCGAGCGGCUGCUGGUGCAAAAGGUCGACUUUUUCAUCCUCACCUUCUGCUGUCUCAGCUACUUCAUGAACUACCUCGACCGCUCAAACUUGGCGAAUGCUUACGUUUCGGGCAUGAAAGAGGAGAUAGGCUUCGUCGGCGACCAGCUAAACCAGAUCAACACGUGCUUCACCGUGGGCUAUGUCCUGGGCCAGAUCCCCUCCAACCUGUCGCUGCACUAUGUCCGCCCUCGGGUCUUCUUCCCCAGCAUGAUGCUGGCCUGGGCUGGGCUGACCAUGGUGACUGCCUCUGUGCACGAUCCUCGCUCCAUCAUGGCGAUCCGCUUCCUCCAAGGCAUCUUCGAGGCCAGCACUUUCGUCGGCACCCAUUAUAUCCUCGGUGCGUGGUAUACCGAGCGGGAACUUGGCAAGAGGAGCGGCAUCUUCACUGCGUCAGGCCUUGCCGGAACACUCAUCGGAGGCUUCAUCCAGACAGGCAUUCAUGAGAGCAUGGAUGGGAUCCGUGGAAUGAGUGGUUGGAGAUGGCUCUUCAUCAUCGACGGCAUCAUGACUCUGCCAGUCGCCCUGUAUGGCUUCUUGCUGUUCCCAGACACUCCCUCCACCACACAAGCCUUCUACCUCACCGAGAACGAAAAGGCUCUGGCCCAAGCCCGUGUGCCCGAGCUUCACGAUCGGAGCCCCAUGACUUGGAAUUUCGUGAGGAAAGUCCUGACAUCAUGGUACUGGUGGGGCUUCGUCGUCCUCUGGAUCAUCGCGGGCGAGACGGAGUCGUUCAGCAGCAACUCACUGCUCGCCCUCUACAUGAAGAGCCACCCGAGGAACAAGUACACGGUGGCCCAGCUGAACAACUACCCAACAGGCGUGCCGGCCGUCGGGAUCGUCUCCACGCUGUUCUGGGCAACGCUCACCGACUUCCUGAGCGGGAAGAGGUAUCUCGUGGGCUACUUCAUCGGCGUCACGGGCAUUGUGACCUCGGCGAUGAUCCUCCAGGCGGAGAAAGAUCCGAUGAGCUCCGAGUCAACGGCCGUUGUCUUCGGCGCCUAUUACUGGGCCGGUGCGGUCUACGCAUGCCAAGCGACGUUUUUCGCAUGGUGCAAUGACGCCAUGAGAUUCGAGGAGCCUGUGUUUCGCGGUGUGGUCUUGGCUGGCAUGAAUCUAGGGAGUAACAGUAUAAACGCGUGGUGGUCUAUCAUCUUCUACGGUGCAUCAAUGGCCCCGUGGUUCAAAUCUUCGCGCAACUAA